AAACAAAACCGCAACCAUUUUGAGUAAAUGGGACCAGCAUUCCCUCGAUUGUAUACAAUAGUUUAAACUUCCUUGAUUCACGGUUGUAGGCGAAGGUGGGUUGUAUUUGUGUAUUUACAUUUACACAUCAAAACUUAAAGUGUUCUGGUUUCGGCUGCAAACUGAUAUCUACUUCAAUAUUCCACAUGUUUGUGCCACUGCGCGGUUUUUAUAAACCUAUAUAGCAGCAACUUGGUGAUAUUAUCAGAUACGUGCAUAACCAGUGUUUGCUGUUAAUCAGAACACUGGGUCAUUGUGAUCCUAAAUCUGUGCAUUUGACGAUGGAACAUUCUAAGUGCAUCUGUUAACACACACAAAUAUCCUGUGCUUUCCAUUUAGCCUUUGUAUUUCAUUUAUCUGACCAGUAUGUCUGUUCUGUUUGAACUUCUGUUUUUAACUCUUGCGCUGCACAUAUCGGAGCAAGCAGUUUCAUACUCUCAUGAACAAACGCAAGCGUUUUCCAAGGAGGAGAUGUACCAAGAUAUCUUCCCACUGAGUGCGACAAACUUUAGCGUCAAACUGUUGAAGUCUGCCGACCCAUGGAUUGUCAUAUUCCACAAGGGAAUGCUGGACAGGUCGUGGAAAUCUAUGGCUGUUAGUCUGAGAGGCGUGGUUUGGGUUGCUAUGAUUGAUACCAACAUGGAAACAAAACUGCUCACUAAAAUGAAAUAUGAAGUGAACGCAUCGGAGGCACGGGUUUACCCGUAUGGAAGCCGGGAAGUAAAAACUAAAAACUGGAAACCUGUUUCUAAUCCAAAUGAAGCCAGGUUAUUGGCUACCCGGUCCCUGCCCGACACCACCCUGAAGGUCAAAGGAGCAGACGUCAGGGAUUUUGUUACAGAGAGUAUCAUGUCCAAGCCCACCAAAUUCCCCGCCAUUAUCAUUACAGAGGAUGAGGAAACUUCCCCGGUGUUUAAAGCAUUGGCUGUCCGGUUCCACAAGUACUUCCACUUCGGUCGCAUGGUGAGGCCGAACACUGGAGAUCUCAGACAGAUUGGAUUGGACAAACUGUUCCUCGACAUGCCAGCGCUGCUGAUCAUGGUGACCAAAAGCGACAGUAAAACAUCGCAACCAGAAUUCAACGCCAUCUCUUUUAACAAAAAAUCUAUGGGAGAAAUGAACUAUCCCAAUAUAAUGGCUUUUCUUUUCAUGGUCAACCGCCAGUUCCGACACGAACUUCCUCUGGAAAAUGGGUCCAAUGAUAAAUCAAUAGUUGAGAUGGCGGAUAUAUUAAAAAUUGAAAACCAACGUUUUGAUAUUGGUCGAGAAAUGGUGAAGAAAGCAACCCGCGAGUCUGUGACACUUGCGCCCGAUGUGAACAAUAACAAUAUUGCUACGCGGAUAACUGACGAACUGUAAUUAACUGAGCAGGUGCAAAAUCUAAAAUAAGUGUUAAAUAUCAGUGACACAUAUUGGAAUAAGGUAGGCCUAAUAACAGUGUAACAUAAUAAAUCCAUUAAAGAAUCAAGGGAGAGUGACUUGGUGAACCUGUCUUGUCUUUAAACCCCCCCCCCCAAAAAAAAAAAAAAAACCCAAAAACCCCAAAAACCCAACAACAACAUUUCCAAUUAAUUAUUUAUUUUGUUUACAAUUUUCAAUUGCUAUUUUCAUAUCAGUGUUUUUGUGUGUGUCUUAGUAAUAAGCAAAAUAGUGUAUUCUAUUAUCGCUACUACUUGUAAAUACUAUAUAUUAUACGAUUCCAGGCACGGCGGAAGCAAAUAUACAUUGGGAUGGGGGGUCUGCGAGAGCGCAAAGCAAAGUUUUUAGGGUGUUCCAUAAUAUUUUGAAAUCUAGAUGUCCUGAAAUGCAACUUCCUGCAUUCUACAAGUAAAAUUCAUUUCUUCCUUAAAAUUUACUACCAAUAAUAGUUUUUGAUUCAUAAUUAUUGGAGGGGCAAUAACAUCAACAACAAAAAACCUAGGUAUUUUUUACUUUAAUUCGUCAAUAAAAACGGGAUUAAAACAUUACAUGAUAAUUCCUGAUGUAAUACAAAAUGGAUUUGUCUCUGAAUCAUUUAAAUUAAAAAGAGGUUGUAGGCAAGGUCUUCUUACAUAUUUACUUUUUGCGUUGAAGUCCUCGGCAUCAUAGAAAUUCACAUGAGAUUAAAGGUUCCUAAAGGUAUGGAAAACUAUUACAGCCUUAAUAUAUCAAACCCGUAUCGUAUGUUAAAGCCAAUCAUGAAAGAACAGAAUUAUAUAUAGGUGCUACAUGUAUAUAUAAAAAAAAUAUGGUGUACAAAGCUAUGGUAAACAAAACAUUAGAUCAUGAUUAAAGCACUAGUAUACCAUUAUAUCGUUUUGGAAUAGUGAGGCAAAUGUCCGAAUUUGGAGCUUGUGUUAUUUAACCAUAAUAUAAUAAUAUAACUGUUCCUAUUAAAUGUGUUUAAAUGUAGUAAGUGUGCAACUUUUGGUGCAAACGGUGAUGUAAUAUUUUAUCUUUUGAUCAGAUGUUAGCUUUUUCUUCCCUUUUUUUUUUUUUUUCAUAGAAUAAUUUUUUAAAAGUAAACUUGUUUUGAUCUGAAAAGCCCCAAAAUUACUUUUGGUAUAGAUUUUAUAGAUUUUAAAUAUCAUUUUAGUGUUUGUAUCUAUACAUUGUAAUUACAAACAGCAGCUGAAUUACAUAUUCCUCGUCUCUUUCUGUU